CGGAAGGAGAAAGGGGAAGUGUGUGAAAGGAGGUGAGGAGAGGGGGCGGUAGUGGGCGAGCAGGUGAGGCAGGCGGCUAUCCUGCUCCCCUCGUGCCUGCGGCAGCAGUGUGGAGAUGGCGGCCACAGAUCUCGGGCAGCACGGCUCGGGGUGAGGAGUUGGGGGCAGAGUGGCGGUGCUGAGCGCGCCGGGGAGAAAAUUCGAUUGGAUUUAAUAUAUUUCCUUGGGGUCGGAAGAAACUUCUGCCUGCUGGAUCAAGUUUAGGCGCCCGACAGAUAAGAUCCAUGUGGACGGUUUCAUAAACUGUUUUGUGUCCUGGUGCUUCUACGGUCCAAGUUCAGAAACUAAUUGAGACUCCUAUGGUGUGAAUUGGCAACAAUGGAGUGAUUCGGAGAACACUGACGUUCAAAAAUUGAUCUUCAUAAUGGGCAUAUGGGACUUCACAGAAUAAUUAGUCUUCACCACCACUGAACCCCUAGAGGAAAACUUGUCUGCGUAGUCAUCAUUGCCUUCAGGAUAUAGGCAGUGCCUGAAAAUGACAACAAAGCGGAAUUUGUUUGUGCGGCUGGUGCCAUGCCACUGUCUGCGUGGAGAGGAGGAAAUGGUCACUAUGCUUGAUUAUUCUCACUGCAGCCUGGAACAGGUGCCUAAGGAGAUUUUUACUUUUGAAAAGACCUUGGAAGAGCUCUAUUUAGAUUCUAAUCAAAUUGAAGAGCUUCCAAAGCAACUUUUUAACUGUCAGUCUCUGCACAAGCUCAGUUUGCCAGACAAUGCUCUAACCACAUUGCCAGCAUCCAUUGCAAAUCUCAUUAAUCUCAGGGAACUGGAUGUCAGCAAGAAUGGCAUACAGGAGUUUCCAGAAAAUAUAAAGAACUGUAAAGUCUUGGCAGUUGUUGAGGCCAGUGUAAAUCCAAUUUCAAAGCUUCCAGAUGGAUUUUCCCAACUGUUAAACCUAAAACAGCUUUACCUGAAUGAUGCUUUUCUUGAGUUUUUGCCAGCCAACUUUGGCAGAUUAACUAAACUCCAGAUAUUGGAACUUAGAGAAAACCAGUUAAAAAUAUUGCCAAAAACCAUGUCCAGACUGACUCAGCUGGAGAGACUGGACUUAGGAAGUAACGAAUUCACAGAAGUGCCUGAAGUACUUGAACAACUGAGUGGGUUAAAGGAAUUUUGGAUGGAUAGUAACAGACUAACACUUAUUCCAGGGUUCAUAGGAGCUUUGAAACAACUGACCUACUUGGAUGUUUCUAAAAACAACAUUGAAGUAGUUGAAGAAGGUAUUUCAGGUUGUGAAAGCCUACAAGACCUACUGUUAUCCAGUAAUGCACUUCAGCAACUGCCAGACUCUAUUGGUUUCCUGAAGAAGGUAACAACACUUAAAAUUGAUGAAAACCAAUUAAUUUAUUUGCCAGACUCCAUAGGAGGGUUACUAUCAGUAGAAGAACUGGACUGUAGUUUCAAUGCGAUUGAAACAUUGCCUUCAUCUGUUGGGCAGCUCUCUAACAUAAGGACAUUUGCUGCAGAUCAUAACUUUUUAACACAGCUGCCAUCAGAGGUUGGAAACUGGAAGAAUUUAACAGUGUUGUUUCUGCAUUCUAAUAAGCUUGAAUUUCUCCCUGAAGAAAUGGGUGAUAUGCAGAAAUUGAAAGUCAUCAAUCUGAGUGACAAUAGACUGAAGAAUUUGCCAUUUACCUUUACAAAACUGCAACAACUCACUGCUAUGUGGCUAUCAGACAAUCAGUCUAAACCACUUAUCCCUCUUCAAAAAGAAGCUGACUCUGACACACAGAAAACAGUGCUAACCAAUUACAUGUUCCCCCAGCAACCAAGGACUGAGAAUGUUAUGUUCAUAUCUGAUAAUGAAAGUUUUAAUCCAUCUUUGUGGGAGGAACAGAGGAAACAGCGUGCUCAGGUGGCAUUUGAGUGUGAUGAAGACAAAGUUGAGAGAGAGGCGCCACGUCGGGAAGGUAACCUGAAGAGAUAUCCAACUCCGUAUCCUGAUGAACUGAAGAAUAUGGUUAAAACAGUCCAGACAAUUGUACAUAGACUAAAGGAUGAAGAGUAUACUGAAGAUAUUGCCAAGGAGUCAAAACGAGAAGGCCAGACAGUUUCUGUAAAAGAUAUGGUGGUAAAGACUUCAGAAAUUGCUUCAAUAAAGAACAAAGCAGAUGAGAGAAAGCAGUAUUCAGCAGGAAGCCCUGUGGAGAAAUCUACUGAACCAGAAGCUGAGCACAGCACUGCAAAUUCACAGAUGGCUGUACUUGUUAAAACCUUGCAGAACACGAAAACAAUUGUCAACCAUGAAGACAUGCUUGAGCAGGAAUCAGAAGAACUCUCCUCUGACGAAGAGAUGAAAAUGGCAGAAAUGCAGCCACCACUGAUAGAAACCUCCAUAAAUCAACCAAAAGUGGUAGCUCUUAGGAAUAACAAAAAAGAUGAUUCAAAAGAUGCUGAUUCCUUAUCAGAUGAAGCUACCCACAAUAGCAAUCAAAAUAACAGCAACUGUUCCUCUCCUUCUCGAAUGUCAGAUUCUGUUUCCUUAAAUACUCAUAGUAGCCAAGAUAUUUCUCGUUGUUCUCCAGACAAAGAAACACAUUCUGCUGUUUUAUCCAAGAUCAGGCAAAAAGAUGAAAAUUUGAAUAAUCUUUUGCAAAAUGGAGGUGAAUUGAGCAUUACAGUAGAAGAAAAAAUAAAUCUGCAAGAGAAGGUUACAAAUUUGUCUGAAUACAAAUUAAGCAUUGAAGAAAGAUUAGGCCUAAUAAGAAAAGGUGUUGAUCUAAGCAUUCCUAUGGAGGAGUGUCACAAAUCAGACCAAAAAAACAUGAAUAUCAAUAAACUGGUUAGUGAAGAGGCAGUGCCAGUUCCUGUGGAAAGGUUACAAAUACUUUCAGUAAAGGGCUUUUUGAAUAACAGUAUGAAAGAAGAAAGUGAGUACAUGGAAAAUGGAAAUAAAUAUCCUAUAAAUAAAGUAAAUGAACAUUCUGAGGAAGCAGUACAGUCUCCCAGUAAAGAUGAACUACCAAGAAGCACUACAGUUGAUGGUGAUUCUUCUGCUGAGCUGUCUGUUUCAAGGAGCACUGAAGAAUUGUCCCCACAGAGAAGUGGUCCUGUGAUGAAAUCUCACAGCAUCACCAGUAUGGACACUGGUCUGAAAAUCUACGAUAUUGUUAAUGAGAAUGGAUCUCAACAGCCAAACUCAGUGGUAAAAUCAGCAUCUGGUAGUGCAGAUGGAAAAAACAUAGUCCGAAGUAAAUCUGCUACUCUUCUGCAUGAUCGGCCCUUGCAGGUUUUUCCUGGGCCAUCAUUGUCAUCUGAUUUCGUAUCUUCUGCAAAAAUUGUGUUCAAGUUUGACUUAAAUCAAAAUCCUGAAGGUACUAAUGGAGUGAGAGGAUCAGUGACAAGUGGUGCACAGAUGUUCUGCACUCCCCAGUAUAACAUUCAGUACAGCAGCAGUGCAACAAUGAAAGAUACCUUGUGGCCCCAGAAACAAAACACCCAAGUAGAACAAGGCAGCUUACCUUCUUCACAUCUGCUUAGGUCUGACAGCACAGAAAUCCCCAGCUAUGUAAAGCAUUCUGCCAAUAUGACUUUAGCCAAUCAUAACAAUGUCCGAGCCAAUGCUGUGUAUAACACUCAUCAACAGAUGGCUGGGAGACACAUAGAUGUGUCGGCUAUUCCACUGAAUGAUAGACUGCUCCCAGGAGCAACCAGACACACUCUUCAAAGGCAGAGCAGUGUACCCACUACAGCUUCUAUAAAUGUUGGGGAUACUGGACCUUCAAGGUGGGCCUGCAUUCCUGAAGGGGACUAUUUAACAUACAGAGACUUGCAUUCAGUGGGAAGAGCUCUACAAGUAAUGUCUGGGCAACAGAGACCUCUUUCUGCCAGGACAUAUAGCAACAAUGGUCCAAAUGUAUCCCAACCACAGAGUGCUCAUCCAUCGGUGAAUGAAAUACCAGAAAGAACUAUGUCAGUUAGUGACUUUAAUUACUCAUGGACUAGCCCUUCAAAGAGAUCAAACCCAAGGGUUAACUCUGACCACUCUUUAUUAGACCCUCCAGGAAAAAGUAAAGUCCCUCAUGACUGGAGGGAACAGGUGCUGCGACAUAUUGAGGCUAAAAAGCUAGAAAAGAGCAUGCUGUCUAGGUCCUUUAAUUCCAAUUAUGCUGCAGUUAGCAACUUUCACUAUGGCAGCUCUAGGGAUCUGCAUGGCAGCCAGGGUAGUGUUGCCUUGAGUGUUGCAGACAGAAGAGGUUCUGGUGUGCAUAUUGUUCAACAUCCCCAGGCUUCUACUCCAGGAGACCAAUGCCAGGAUGAGGUAUUAAUUACAGGACAGCAGAAUUACUCAUCUGCCAUGCUUAGUCUCAAAGAUAUUUCUCCAGACGGCAUGAAGAAAAUAGCUGUCCAGAUACCUUUGGCAAAUGGGCAAACGUGUCAGCCUCAGAGACCUCAGGCAAACUAUAGCCAAGUCCAUCAUCUCCCUCCUCAAUUGUCAGUAGCAAGACACCCAUCUAGAGAACACUUAAUUGAUUAUCUGAUGUUGAAAGUUGCCCACCAACCUCCCUGUACCCAGUCUCAGUGUUCCCCCAGACAAAGCCACAAAUUGGCAAAGCAAGAGAUUCGAGUGAGAAUUGACAAGGAUCCAGAACUUGGAUUUAGUAUAUCAGGAGGAGUUGGUGGUAGAGGGAAUCCAUUCAGACCUGAAGACAAUGGUAUAUUUGUAACCAGAGUGCAACCAGAAGGUCCAGCAUCUAAGUUGUUGCAGCCUGGAGAUAAAAUAAUUCAGGCUAAUGGAUACAGCUUCAUCAAUAUUGAUCAUGGACAAGCAGUAUCUUUGCUAAAGACUUCUCAGAAUGUGGUAGAACUCAUCAUUGUACGAGAAGUUUCUUCAUAAAUACUGUGGACUGAAAGGAAAAGCCAGCAGGAUCCAUUGAAAGACUUAUGGGAAACUGAGUAUUUUGCCUAUUUUUAUACACUAAAAGAACUUUAAAAGAAUUAUGAUCAAAAUUUGUACAGGAAAUUAAAUCCUGAACUUGUGGUUAAAGGGGGGAAACCACUGUAUAGAAUGUUCAAGAAAUCAUUUUAGAAAUUCAUACGGUGAAUAAACUUUUUUAAGCAUUAUAGCAAUCUAAGGAUCACUCCUCUAAGAACAAACCUGUGUUGUAUUUUUGUACAGAUGGCAGGUUUAUUUUUGGAUAAUUCAUACACGUUACUAAACUUUGUGCAAGACUGCAAAGCCUUGGUUGUAGCCAAUUGACAGAUGGCAGGACUGUCUGUCCUGUAGCUGUUUAUUGCUUUUAUUUUUAUUCACCAGAUAUUGUCUUAUGCUGAAACCACUUCCGUAGAUGUGGACAGGAGAUAUGAAACAUUGGCUUUGCUAUGUGCACGUUGUAUAGAUGAAUGGGUAGAUGGAAGGUGGUGCUGGUUGGACAGAAUAAAAGCCAGGUGAAACAACUAUCUGCUAGCUAAAUCUGGUAUCAAGAAAGAAAGUGUUUAGUUUUGGAUUGUAUGUCUACCAAUAAAUGCAAUAAAAGCUUAUGGUGUUUUUUUAGGAAGACUAAGUACAAAUUUGAUGCUCUACAGGAUUUGUUCUUAAUGUAGUCACUGAAUAUUCAUUUGCCAUGUGAUUGAUGUUUAGUUGGGUUUUCUUGCAUACAAAUUAAUUUCAACUGUACUGUGGAAUUGUGCCCAGACUUUUUUCUCUGCCAUGGAAAUUGCCGAUUUUGUGCAAGUGGUGGUACUUAAGUACCCCAUUUUAACCUUAUAGAUUUUAAAAAUGAAACUGAAAUGGCCAGUUUUUAAGGUGGUUGCCUGUAAUAUAUAUUUAAACACAAAGUAAAUGAUGCAGGAAAGGUUAUGAAAGUCAUCUCAAUUUUGUUUGGCCUUUGCAUUGCCUUGUUAAUCAAAAAGGGAAACCAUAUGUAUGGAGCUAGGUAACCAAAGCAACUUUGUGAAACUGAGCAGUGAUGGAGAAUUGCUGUGGUGAGAUGGAGAGCAAAGGGAGGGUGUACUUACAACCCACCAGUUUGUAAUGAUGUUUUUUAAAGGGCUGUUCCUACACAUUAAAUGUGAACUAGACACUUCAGAGUCAUGAAAGGGUUUCUAACUAUAUUAAUGUAGUAGUGAUUUACCGUAGGCUGCCUUUGUUCCUUAUUACUGUAUAAAAUAUUUAAUUAUGCUUUUAUUAAUUUUGUUUACCAUAAAUAUUAACUUUAUUUUUCUUCUUUGUAAUUGAAUAGAGACUUCAUUAUCUGCAGUGAUAAUUAAUACAUAGUCAUUAUGGACCAGGGAAAAGUGCCAUAAAAGACCCCAAUAACUGUUUAAUCAGGGCUAAUGAUUAGCAUGUCACUGGAGCAAUAUUCAGUUAUUGCAGUUCAUUUUUAAUUGCAUAUAAGUUGGUAGUUUGAAACGGGUAUAAGUUGCCUUUUUUCAACCCCUGUAUACAAAAGUAAAUGCUUUUAAUAAAGCUAGCAAAAACACCAGCCUCCUGUAGUUUUGGGACAGUGAGCUGGAAGAGAGGAAUUAUACAUAGCUAUUGGUAAUAAACAGGCAGUACUUAAAUAAGUGAACUCCAAUAUUAUUGCACUUCUUUCAAAGAUGUUAACUAUUGCUUAUUGUACUGUGUAUAGUUCUAAAAAUUUUAAUUUAAACCCUUUAACUCUUUGUAUAUUCUUUAGUUGAUUUUUGGUAAUAUUUACAUAGGAAAAUUUUUUAUAUAUUGGCAGAAACAUGCUGUAUUUUGAUAAAAUUCACUUAUUUUCUGUGUGCUGUUAGUCUUCAAAGAAAAUAAUUGAGAAACAUGGCUAUAUAAUGGCAGGAUUCAGUGUUCCCCUUCUAAGAUGUGUUUUGUUUAGUUUCUGUUUUUCUGAAUUGAAAAUGCAAAAUGUUCACACUGCCUUUCAAAGGGAAUGCAUACAUACAAGUCCUAAGUUAACUUGGUCUUCUAUAUAACCUGUAUCUUUGGGAAGGGGAGAAGUCCAAAAAGCAGAACUGAUUCUUUACUGAUCUUGGACUGACUUUGUAUACAUUUUGCAGUACAUUUUAAUAUAUCACUGAGGAAUUAUACUGUAUUGUAUUUUGCUUUAAUAGUAACAGAAGUUUUAAACUUAAUUUUCAGAUUUACAUAUCACAGGAACAUUCUACCAAAAACUGUUUGGCUCUGGUAGAACUGUAAGAGUAGAGAUGUAUAGUAAGAAGUUUAGUACUACUUCUGGAAAUAAAAUAGUUGGAAGGGUCCUACAGUGCUCAUCUAGUCCAACUGCCUGACCAAUUCAGGGCUGGCCAAAAGUUAAAGCCUAUCACUAAGGGCAUUGUCCAAAUGCCUCUUAAACACUGACAGCCUUGGGGCAUUGACUACCUCUCUAGGAAGCCUGUUCUGGUGUUUGACCACCCUCUCAGUCAAGAAAUGUUUCCUAAUGUCAUCUCAACCUCCCCUGACACAGCUUUGGACCAUCCCCAUGUGUCCUGUCACUGGAUCCCAGGGAGAAGAGAUCAGCACUGCCCUCUCCACUUCCCCUCCUCAGGCAGCUGCAGAGAGCAAUGAGGUCAUCCAUCAGCCUUCUUUUCUCCAAACUAGACAACCCCAGAGUCCUUAGCUGCUCCUCAUAGGACUUGCCAACAGCAACCAGCUCUGUUGCCCUCCUCUGGAUGCAUUCAAGGACCUUCACAUCUUUUAUAAAUUGUGGGGCCUGGAGCUGCACACAGUACUCAAGGUGAGGCUGCACUGAUGUUGAAUACAGUGGGAUAAUCACCUCUUUUGACUGGCUGGUUAUGUUGUGUUUGAUGCAUCCCAGGAUGCCGUUUGCUCUCUUGGCUGCCAGGGCACACUGCUGACUCACAUUGACACUGCUGUCAACCUGCACCCCCAGAUUCCUUUCUGCAGGGCUGCUCUCCAGCCACUCCUCUCCCAAUUUAUACUUGUGUCCAGCAUUACUCUAUCCCAGGUUCAGAACCUGGCAUUUCAACUUGUUAAAAUUCAUCCCAUUAAUCAUAGCCCAAUGCUUCAAUCUAUCCAGAUCCCUGUGCAAGGCCUCUUGCCCCUUAAGAGUCAACAGCACCUCCCAGUUUGGUAUCAUCAGCAAACUUGCUAAUGGUGCAUUCAACUCCUGCAUCCAGAUUGUUGAUAAAUAUAUUGAACAGAACUGGCCCUAGAAUUGAGCCCUGAGGAACACUGCUGGUGACUGGUUGCCAUCCAGAUGCAGCCCCAUUCACUACAACCCUGUGAGCUCUGCCCUUCAGUCAGUUCUUCACCCAGUGCACCAUGAAUCUGCUCAUCCCACAGCUGGACAAAUUGUCCAGAAGGAUGCUGUGAGGGACAGUAUCAAAAGUCUUACUAAAAUCCAGAAGAACUACAUCCACUGCCUUCCCUUCAUCCAGUAGGCAGGUGACCUUGUCAUAGGAUAUGAAAUUAGUUACGCAGGACUUUCCCUUUGUGAACCCAUGUUGACUAUGCCCGAUGAUUGCAUUAUUCUUUAAAUGCCUUUCAGUAGUACUCCGUAUAAUCUCCAUAAUUUUUCCAGGCACUGAGGUUAGACUAACAGGUCUGUAGUUCCUUGGGUCUUCCCUCACACCCUUUUUGUAGAUGGGAAUAAUGUUGGCUAGCUUCCAGCCAGCAGGGACCUCCCCAGACUCCCAAGACCUUUGGUAGAUGAUCGAGAGGGGUCCUGCUGUAACAUGCGCUAGCUCCUUCAGUACUCUGGGAUGAAUCCCAUCAGGCCCCAUGGACUUGUGAGCAUUCAGCUGAUACAGUUGAUCCCUUACAAUUUCAGUGUCCACAAAUGGAAAGUCACUGUUCCUGCAUUCAUGGUCCUCUGACUCAGGGGACUGGGCAGCCCAAGGUUUGUCAGUAUUAUUAAAGACUAAGGCGCAAAAAAAAAGCAUUGAAUGCCUCCACUUUUUCUUCAUCCCUAUUUGUCAAGUGAUGAUCUUAAACAAGUAUUGGGCCAAUGUUUUCUUUAGACCCCCCUCUUGAUAUUAAUGUACUUAAAAAUAUAAAUAAUUGGUCAAAGCUUGUCUUCAGUAAAUUAGCAAAUUAACUAGCCAAUAAAACAUGAAUUAUUCAGUAAACAUUGGAGUUUUCAGUGGAUUGAGAUGUGUUUGUUCCUUCAGUGUCUGUAUGUAAAGGUAAACACAUAUCAAACUAGAUGAUUUUGCAGAGGGUGGGAGAAAGAUGUCUCCUGAACUAGUCCAGCCAGGAUUCAGCAGGAGGGGAGACAAUAUUGGCACUUUUCUUUUUGAAUGCAUUUUAAACUACAUUUUGAAUAGAAUAAAAUCCAUCAGCAGCCUAAGUUACUCAGCAUGGCAGUGAGUUGAUGCAAACUCUGUUAAUUCUUUCUAUUCUUAAUAGGUCAUUAAAGAAUCAGUUCAACUGAUGUAAUGAAAAGAUUAAGUCUCCCACAUAUUUAUUAUGUAAAUAUUUUUUUAGUUUCUUUUUUGGACUAGAGUUAAAAAAUGUGUAUAUACUUGAAAGCAUUCUAUGAACACAAACAUAGCAAUAAGCAACACACAGAAUCAAACCUUUAUGAUUAUUUUGGUUUUGUUUAGAAAUAUUACCUUAUCAACAGCUAUGAAAUGUUUUUAUUGAUCAGCAUUUAUUCAACAUUCCAAAUUUCUGUAUAUAAUUAGACUGUUUCUGAGGUAACACAUGGAGAAUAGAUAAUGCUCUUUAACUUGUAGGAAAUUCUCCAUAACGUGAUUUUAUUCUUCUAUAGUUUCUGUAGACCUUAGUUCUCUAUCAAUAUCUAUUAGUAGAGGCUUAUUUGUGUUUCUGGCUCCAUGCAUCUCAGUGCCCAGGGGUCUGCUCUAGCUGAUUUCAUUGCAAGACCAGGUUAUUCAGAAUAAAUACCUUUGUGAAUAACCCAAUCUUGCAAUGAAAGCAGCUAGAGCAGCCAGUGGCUGCUCUCCUGAAGAGAUGAGUAGUCUUUGAUGCAGAUCAAUAAGUUUCAAUAGAAGAGAGGGGUGGUUAAGUCAAGGAGCAGGGUUAAAAUUAAGAGCUUAUUGGGAGUGCUCUAAUGAGCUAUACAAGAGUUAUAUUGUAAAUAAAGAGCUACUCGAAUGGUUGGAUAAUGCCAAAUGAACGUCAAAUUUGUCCUUACAACUUGGGUUUGAAAAUAAACAUCCAAAAAGAAAACCUUAUCUCAUGCCACAUAAGAUGAUUUUGGAAAAACUAGGUUUGUCUUUACUCAUUCCACAGAACUGUAUUUUAAGUCACAUAUUGUAUGUUCUCAUUCCAGUUGAGAAAGUUUAGGCGUAUGUUCACAUGUGUCAAGAGUGAAUGAACCUCAUGCUGUUCCACUAAAGCAUUGGUGCAUACUUAGCACAGCAGCGGUCAUUUAGUUAGUUCUUGCUUUACCCAUAGAACAGUGAAGGUUCUUUGGUUUUUUAAGAAUUUAUAGUUUUAUACUUGAACCGACAGUUUUCCUGAAAUGCUAAAUGUUACUGUUUCAUGAAGUAGAAUGAUCACCAAUGUACAGCAGUAUUACUGCAACAAGCUAAUAAAAACAUUAUAUAUCUGCAAGGCAGUUGUGUCUAGGCUUACAAACCCACUGUUUUUAAUUCACAUUCUUAUUCAUCCUCACCAAGUAAGCAAUAAAAUAUGUUAUUUAAUUUUCUGUGA